UAUUCCAACUACCGUACUUGCUCACUAUCACAACAAGUUUCCAACAAGUGCAGUGUUUCCGAGAGCGACGUUUGGGACAAAUGACAAAGAAUGUGCUCGUCUCCUCCUGGGCAUCCUUUGGACGCGACCUGGAAUAUAUUUCAAUAAUCCUCUGGAGCAGCAAGAAGCCAAGCUUUUUCAGAGCAGGCGGGCCAAGGAGGCGAGGUGUGCUGGACGGGGUCCACAUGGCAGGAGCCCCGAGCGCAGCACGCAGCUUCAUUCGCAUCCUCUAGGUGCCACAGUGAGGCGCUACCGUUCCCCAGCGGACUCUGAAAAGGCGGUGUGCCCAUGAGGUCGUCUAUGCUGGUCCUGUUGCUUUUCUUCAGUGCCCAGGCUGUGGCCUCCAUUCGGGAGGACUCGGGCGCUGCAGCCCCCAGCACACAGCGGCGGGACUCAGGCGCUGUCGCCGCCGCCCCUCGAGUGGACCCAAAACUCUUCAGCAGGCGGCGCAGGCUCUCCCCCAGGGUGCUGUUCAGUGCCCAGACGCCCGAUGCCGAGCCAACCGGGUCCCAUGGCGAGCGCAGGAGCCGGCGGCGAGCGGGACAGUCCCAGCACCGAGGCGUGUACUCCGUGUGCGAGAGCGUCAGCGUGUGGGUGGGCAACAAGACCAAGGCCACGGACAUUUCGGGCAACGAGGUGACAGUGCUGCCUGAUGUCAACAUUAACAAUGUCAACAAGAAACAGUACUUCUUCGAGACUACGUGUCACAGCUCACACGUGGGCAACUCGGGCUGCCUGGGCAUCGACGCCCGACACUGGAACUCCCGCUGCACCAACUCACACACGUUUGUGCGGGCGUUGACGUCUUUUCAGAACCUGGUGGCGUGGAGGCUCAUACGCAUCAACGUGGCCUGCGUGUGUGUGCUCAGCCGCAAGUCAUGGCGGCAGUAAUAUAUAUAUAUAUAUAUAU